AUGGACUCUGAGGCAGGUAUGCACAACGACGACUGCGAUGAUGCGCAGUCGCUGGCUCUACCGGUGGAGGAAGGCGCGUCCUCUGCGGUCAUCGUGGAUGCGGCCCAUGCGGGGCACCACGACGUCUCUUCUUCUCUAUCAGAAGCGACAGCUGCGUCGACCCUGGCGUUCCCGCUGCCGACUCCUGCCGCGCGUCUCUUUACUUCGCGACGGCUUGUGAGUGACGCGUCCUCCGUGGCCGGCAUGCGACCGUUGCGUUGGCCGAGCACCUCGUCGCCACGUACUUUGGGAAGUUCUGUUGUGACCUUUGCGCCUUCCACCCAAUAUGAUCAGUGCCGCCAGCGCACCAAUGUGGCGUUACGGAGAGCUGACGACGUGUCGCGCCUCGCACUUCCGGGCCCCUUUCUGGAGUCACCGUUGUCGUUCAUGUUGGCUCCAGAAGGGCUGGUGGCCGACCCCGCGUUGAGGGCCCUCAGACUACCGCAUCCCCGCGACAUUGCCAGCCGCCCAUCCAUACUGUCGCCACAGCGGGCACCUUCAUCUACACAGAGCGAGGACCUCAGGGACGUUACGGUGAAGGACUUCAACGACACCUCGUCCUCCGCUGACUCUGCGUGCUCUACAAAUUCAUCAUCGACGACACUCCUCGACAGUGACACCCCUGCCGUGCGGCCGCGCACACCGCCCUCAUUGGCGCUUGGGCUGUUGCUCCCCAACGCGUCUCUGCGAGCGCCAUCUGACGGCAGGCACUGGACCUUUCCCUUAGUGACGGGUGAUAUGGGCAGCUCAGUUGUUGCCGCCGUUAGCGCUACUGCUGAUGCAUCGACGCCGUCGCUCACGGACACCAGUGACGUCUCCUUCACCUUGCUCGAGCCGGAGAAGCUGGGGAGCACGGCGACGCAUUGGCUCGCUGAGGCGGUUGGUUCAGUCAGUGAGCGGUGCUACGUGGAGGACUCGUAUACAGAAAGGGUGGGUGUUGCUCCUUGUCAAGGUUGUAAAGGGACGCUGGCGACGCAUCAAACAGACGAGCCGUGCCUGACAGUUGCGGUGGUGCCAUCGCCGCUGCUUCUCGAGAGCUUCUCGCUGCUGUCAACCCCCGAGCUGACGCCGUUUAUCGUACCACCGCCAUCGCCGCCGCCAACUUCAGUUGACCUGGCGAACCUGCGAGUGAUGCUGCUGGCACCUGACGCACUCUCCACAGAGCCGUAUACCGCUCCUCUCUGUGACGCCUUCUCCAGCAGCAAUGUGGAGUUGCGCGUGAACGCCGAAGCCGAGCUGACGACUCUGCGCCAGCAGAAGUCCUCGUCCGCUGUCAUUGUUGAACACUCGCAGUGGAGGGGUGAAGAGGUCAACGAGGCCCUACAGACUGCUGGUUUCCCAAUGGACAGGGCAGCAGCAGCGAUAUCGAUGGCGAGAAUCACUGAGGUGUAUUCUAACAACUGCGGCACCGGUGCCAUCGAUGCGCAGCCAGCGAGGAUGACCACACCGCCGCACGUAACCUUCCUUUCCGUUGCCAGCAGCGGCAAUGACAGCGCUCGUGACGGAUGUGAGGGCGCAGUGGUUAACUCCUGCAUUUCCUCGGCUGGCGCUGGGAAGGUAGGCGCAGGCGGCACGGCGGUGCCCGCACCUCCAUCACCGCAUCCACCGCCCCACUCUGCCAUACUUUUCUCUCCUCGCCCCCAGGGGCGCUCUGGCGGCGCGUCCGCUGCCGCUGCAGGCAAGGCGUGGCUGCUUUCGCCGAUCCCGAGGCCUAUACCGUCGAGGCCGCGCCUUUUUCAGUGCCCGCCGGAGUGCUCUGCAGGUUUGAUCAAGCGCAGCCUGGAGAUGAUCCUCGAGACGGAGCGCCCCCCGUCCUUGUCUGAUGAGUCGCCUGCGGUGAGGGACAGGGGGACUCCUGAGGGGUCCUCGCAGCCUCCAGCGCGCGGCGAUACGGCGCAACAGGCACAUUUGUGGAGCCGCUGUGAAGGCCCUGAUGUCGCCUCUGUCCCCAUGGCCAACAGCACCACUCGUGGCUCCCUGCAUCACGCUGGCGGCAUCGUGGCUGGAGAGGACGACACCACCGACGCCACUUCACCGACGAAGCAACUCACUCACCGCAGGGGCAGCCGCGGCCGCCGGAGAAGUGGCCACCAAAGCUGUGACAUCGGUGCAGGCACGCCGUGCCUGGCGAAGGCCUCAAAAGGAUCAACAGCAGCAGGCUCACUACUGCCGCUGACAUCACCGACACCACCGCGCUCGUUGCUAGCGGCGCGGUAUUGGUCAUCGUUCCGCCUCAGCGGUGGCCAAGGUAGCGGCCACCUCCUUCCGUGCCCUCAACGGCACCUACCGAGGCAGCUGGCAACGCCAUUCGCCAACGUUGAUACCACUGCCACUACAGGAAGAGCUUAUCCAUCGUUGUCAUCUCCCGUGUCGCAGCAGUCAGUGGGCCUCGAUUUGUCCUUGUUGUCCCUUACAGUGCAGUCCAGCUCUGCACCAGGACGUUCAACGAAUUUAUCUCUUCCCUGCACCCCGUCGCUGCAUGCGUUUCCCAUGCCUUGCAAGUCCCCGCCCAACUUGACAUCCACAAUCGCGACGACGACGACCAGGCAGCGCUUCUCCGGCCGUGAAGGACUGAGCAGUCCUGCCUCUACGACUCGGAGCGGACCCAAUCACCUUUCUCCCCUUCCAUACGCUGACCCGCAGGGUGCCGUGUGGUGCCUCGACCCCAACUUAGCCAGAGGGGGCAGAGACGACAGCUGA